CUAAACCAGACACUACGAACCAAGUGUUUGUGUUUCUCCAUAUCUUUUAAAUUAAAUAAAAAGGAAAAAUCCGACAUGGCAACAAAGAAAGAUGGCUAAAAUCUUUUAAGCAGCACUAGAUCGGGGGAAUCUAAAAGAGCGUGAAAAGGAUCCUUUAAAGUGGCCACAGCAUUUGUGGCUCUUAAAACUUAACAAGUCUCUCUCUGACUCUCCCUCUCUCUCUCUCUCUCUCUCUCUCUUCUAUGCACUAUCGUCAUUCAUACCAACCAAGCUCACUCAGCCCCUUGUAUUCUCUCCUUUUUCUCUGAUCUAAUAAAAAACAGAGUAAACAAUAAUUUUUUGAGGAAUUGGUUUAAUUGUUAAGUUGGAAAAUUAGUAUGUCGAAAUCUAAAGAUACGGAGAUAAAAUUGUUUGGGACGACAAUUACAUCUCUUUUAGCUGUGGAUCAUCAUGAUCCGUCGUCGUUAUCUUCUAUUCACGGUGUGUCCAAUCAGAGCAAGGAGGCUUCUUCAUCUUCCUCAUCCUCUUGUUCUCCUUCGACCGGACCAAACAUGGUUCUGGCUAAUAACCAUGAGCACGACAAUAGCAGAUUCAAAGGUCCUUGCAUAUUAUCCGAUCUUAACGAACCGCCAAGAGCAGCUUUUGAGAUUUCAUCACCAAGAAGCUCAAAGACCAACGGUGAUCAACAGAGCGAGAUCACAACAACAACAACAAGUACAUCAGAAGAUAAACCAACUACUCUCAAGAAACCGGACAAGCUUCUACCGUGUCCGAGAUGCGAAAGCGCGCACACCAAGUUCUGUUACUACAACAACUACAACGUGAGCCAGCCGCGUCACUUCUGCAGGAACUGUCAGAGGUACUGGACAGCUGGUGGAUCCAUGAGAAACGUCCCCGUUGGCUCAGGCCGCCGCAAGAACAGAGGGUGGGCUUCUUCAAACCAUUACUUGCAGGUCACGUCUGAUGAUUAUGAGAACAACAAUAACUCGGGAACGAUCCUCAGUUUCGGUUCUUCAGAGUCUUCCGUCAUAGAGACUGGUAAGCAUCAAGAAAACAAAACACACCAAGGGUUUCUUGCUUCGCAAGUAAUGUUACCUAAUAAUACUUCUCCUUGGCCUUACCAAUGGAGUCCAACGGGUCGUAAUACUAGUUUCUACCCUAUCCCUUUCUAUUGGGGCUGCACGGUUCCUAUGUGGCCUACCUCAGAGGCUUCACCAUGUUUAGGGAAACGAUCAAGGGAUGAAACUGAAGUAGAAACCAAAAAUACCACUCUUAGAACUAGUGAAGCUACUAAGAACGUGGUGUGGCCUAAGCUACCGACAAAGCCUGAGAAGAAAAUGGAAGGAGGAUUAAGUUUGUUCAAUGGAUUUGAAACAAAGGGUAGCAACAGAAGAAGCUUGGUCCCUGAAACGUCUAUCAAUCUACAAGCAAACCCUGCAGCGAUGUCUAGAUCUAUGAACUUCAGGGAAAGCAUGCAACAAUAAUCAAACGGGUUGUUACCUUGUGAAAGAAGGAAACGCAGUGUAGAUAUUUUGUUGUUCGAACUAUGUAUUAUUUUGUACACAUACAGAAGUAGAUAUUUCUCUCCAUUGUGUGAUGAACUUGCAACGUAUAUUAUAAGCUUCUAGGUUAAUAUCUCCCUGGUCUAUCUGCCAUGUUGGCAUAGAACAUGAAGUUACAAUUACGUUUUUGCCCAUUAUUCUUACAGAUAAAUAUAACCUCUAACUCCAAUUGUCCUCUCAGGUAAGUGCCUGUGAGAAGAACAUAAAGGCUUCACAUUAUUAGCUUGCGAGUACUUGGUUAGUGUAAAUGGGUCAGUUAGGUCAAGAUAAGAGAUAAGGAGAACUGGAAUAUGAAACCAAAGAAAAA